UUAUAAAGUAUAAAGUAAAUGGUCAAUGCAAAUAAGAAUUAUGAAUGUCACUCCAGCGAUCAUUUUGUAAGCUACUUAGUAGUUAGAUGUGAAGCUUUUUAAUAUUUUGUUUUUCUUUUCUUAUUUUCUUUUCCCUUUAAUCAUUUCAUGUUUAGUGCAAUAAAAGACAAAGCGGUGGUCUUGCUUUUAUCAAGUAAAUAAUAAACUAACAGUUUAGAAAUGAGAAUCUCUUUACAUUGUGCAACGAGAAAUCAAUUGUUUUUUGUUUUUUUUAUUGAAGUUUAAUGUUUGGCUAGCUUUUUUGCUAACAUUUGUUUUAGUAGUUCGUUAAAAUAUUUGACAAAAAAGCGAUAAAUUUAUAUACUGCAGAUAUUUUAAAUAAAUGUUUUUUCUCCUUAACUUUCAAAUUAUGGAAUCAUUAGACUGGAUCGAUCUGCAAAUGUAAGUUUAAUAAAAUGUUUCAAAGUACUUUUUGUUUUAUGCUGUUUGUUUUUGGUUUGGCGCUGUCAAUAUUUCAGUUUUAGCUCUAUGUGUCUUUGGCGUGGCUCUUGGUUUUACCUCAAGCGAAGGUAACAGAUACAAAUUCGAAUCUGUUGAUUUAAGUUUUUAAUCCUAUUGAGGUGUGAUGUUUCUUUGCUUUAAAAGUUUCAAUUUUAGCUAUAAAGUAUAAGAUAAAGACUAGCUAUAGCUAUAAAGUAUAGAUGUAAAAUGUGGAAAAGAAACAUUAAACUCACUGAUUGCCAAAAUUUGUAAGCUUCUUUUUAAUUAUAUGUAAAACGUCAAUUGAUGAUUUUUUUGUUUUGUUUUUUGUUUUGAUUUUUAGUUGUUGUUUUUUUUUUUUUUUUCUUUUUCCACUAACGAGUUCCUAUUUAGAGCAGUUUACAAACAUAGAACAGAGGUCUAGUGCACAUAUCGUGGUUUGUAAGCUAUUCACUUGAGGUCUUUUUAAAGCAAUGCAUGAUUUUCAAUUCUUGUACUACAAGUAUUAAAAGUAAUGAUUUCAAACAAUGUUUUUCUGUUUUGUUUUUUUGCUAACAAUUUUAUUAUUAGCCCGAAGAACACUCUCUUUUAAAAAACCAAGUUCAAUCAUUGUGAACAGAAUAAACGAUCAGCUUUUAGUAAAUGCAAUUUUAAAGUAAUGGUCUCCUGUAUAAGGCUAUUAAUACGUUUACAGUUAGACAAAUGUUCUGUUUUACCGUUUCCUAAAAUGUGCAGUAAGACUGGUAAUUUUGUUUUGUUCUUAUCAUGUUAUUGUUUUUGUUUUGUUUUUUUCACAUAAAGUUUUUUGCAUUAAACAAGAAAAUAUUCAUUGGUGGUCUGUUUAGUUUUCCGUGUAUGAUCCAAACGCAGUUUGUUUCAUUUAAGUGCGUCUUCCUACAUGCUAAGUAUAUGCUUCAAUUGUUAGUUUUUGUGGUCACAAAAUUUAAGUGCGUUUUUCUACAUGCUAAGUAUAUGCUUUAAUUAUUUGUUUUUGUGGUCGCAAAUGUUUUUUUUUUCUUUUUAUAUAUCGUUUUUGGGUUGGGUGUUAAUCAGAUUUACAUUUAGUGUGUCACAAAUACAAAGAAGUGGUGUGGCUCACGUUAUAAUGUCAAACAAACUAUCCUUUUACUGUGUCGCAAAGACAAAGAAGUGGUGUGGCUCAGGCUAUAAUAUCAAAGAAACUAUCCAUUUAUCAACUUCCAAAGAGCAAGAGAAAAACUUAAAGUUUUCAGAAAACUCAUCUGAUUUAAAUGCUACUGAAAAUACAAACGCAUACAUAAACGCAACAGAAUGGUUAUCACCUACUUUAUCUACUGACUGCAAUAUAGGUUGGAUACUACUUGAUUAAGGAGGUUGUAUUCUUGUAAAGGUUACUGGUCGUAGUAGUGCUGUAAUGACAUUAAAUACAAAUACAUAUGAACCAAAAAACUGUAACGAGGAAUGCACGUCAGAGUCGAAUGUGACGGGCUCGGCUUACUGUGUUACCAGAUUGAGCCAAACAUGCUAAAGUCUUUAAAAAGACAAGGUUUCACGGAUUAAUAUCUUCGGACAUAUAUUGAUGAAUAAUAUGAAAUAUAUAAUAUAUUAUAAUUCUAUGAA